UCAAAUAUGGAGAAGUCAGUUUCUUCUCUGCACAUAGCAAUGUACCCUUGGUUUGCUUUCGGCCACAUUAACCCAUAUAUCCAACUCUCGAACAAACUAGCUCAAAAAGGCCACAUAAUCUCUUUCAUGAUCCCACCCAAAACCAAAUCCAAGGUAGAGCAUUUGAAUCGCUACCCAGAUCUCAUAACCUUCUAUCCAAUCACCUUUCCCCACGUGGACGGUCUUCCUUCCGGAGCUGAGAGCACCAAUGAUGUGUCUUCUUCCUCAAUCUCUCUAAUCAUGACCGCCAUGGACAGAACAGAAAACGACAUCGAACUUCUCCUACGACAACUCAAACCCCACUUCAUCUUUUUGGAUUUUGCUUAUUGGAUUCCAAAGAUGGCCCACCGCUUGGGCAUAAAAUCGAUGUUUUAUUCAGUGGUGACUCCUGCAAUAAUAGUUUACGAUUUAUGCCCUACAGCAUACCACAACCUCAACGGAAGGCAAUUCACUGAGACUGACUUUAUGAAACCUCCACCAGGCUAUCCAGAUUUAUCGAUUUACUUCCAUUUUCACGAGGCACGGGAAUAUCUUUGUAUGAGAAGUUUCAAGCUCGGUGGUGACAUGCUUUUCAUCGACCGCUUGUUUAUAAGCUUAUCCAAUUGUGAUGUUAUAGGGGCUAGGACUUGUAGAGAGAUCGAUGGCCCGGUUGCUGAUUACCUUGAAAAAGAGUUUGGGAAGCCUCUUUUACUUUCAGGACCUCUCAUACCAGACCCACCAAGCGAUCCCCUAGAUCAAAAAUGGGUUAACUUUCUAGGUCAGUUCAAGCAUGGCUCUGUAAUAUACUGUGGUUUUGGAAGUGAGGUGAUAUUGACCAAAGACCAACUCCAAGAGCUGUUGCUGGGAUUGGAGCUUUCUGGGUUGCCAUUUUUGGCUGCUUUGAGAACGCCUUUAGAAGUUGACUCCAUUGAGGAAGCUCUACCAGAAGGGUUUAAGGAGCGAAUUGGAGGAAAAGGAGUAGUUUAUGGGGGUUGGAUUCAGCAAACACAAAUUUUGAGGCACCCAUCUAUUGGGUGCUUUGUUACUCAUUGUGGAUGGGCUUCAUUAAUGGAGGCAUUGGUGAAUAAAUGUGAGUUGGUGUUGUUAUCCAAAAGGAUUGAUCACUUUCUUUGUGCGAGGCUAAUGGGAAACACAAUGAAGGUUGGUGUUGAAGUGGAGAAAGGUGAAGAAGAAGGUUGGUUGUAUGCUAGAGAAAAUGUCUGCAAAGCGAUCAAGAUUGUCAUGGAAGAAGACAACGAGGUUGGUAAAAAGGUUCGGGCUAACCUUGCCAAGUUACGGCAGCAGAUCCAUAGAGAAGAUUUCGAGUCUUCUUAUAUUGAUGAUUUCAGUCACAACCUAAAGACUCUAUUGGCAUGAUUAUUAUAUAUAUUAGUCUAUGACGACGUAUCCGACUGGCUACGUGUGUAUGGAAUGUGCUUUAAGAAUCAUUUUUAAUUUCUGUUAUUUUAUUUUAUUUUAUGUUUUUUACUGUUGAAAUUCCAGUCCAAGUUGUUAUUAUGAAAUCUAAAAGUAUCAUGGUUA